GCCAAUGAUAUUUGGGCUUACGAGUUACGACCUUUUCAAAUCUUGCACAAGAUAGCAGUAGUCACUAGUCAGCUAGAGCCGCUACUGUAGAACGAACAAGUCCGCUACAUUGAUUAGUCUCGCGUCAAAUUAUUGAAGUGCUCACCAUGAUUGUUAUAAAUACAAAUCACCCAACAAUCUCGGAACCCAUAUGUUGAUUUCCGACAAACAUCGAUCACCUGUCGAAAAUGAAUCUCCUCUUAUGUUUCACUCUCCUAAUUUUCUGUUUCAGAUUCAUAUGUCCCUUGUUGGAGACUGCUGCUCUAAGCAUUGAGACUGACAAGCAGGCCUUGAUCUCGUUCAAGUUUCAACUAAGCGUAGAAUCUCCCAAUUCUCUAUCUUCAUGGGACCAGAGCUCAUCGUCCCCAUGCAACUGGACAGGAGUUUCAUGCAACAGAUUUGGCCAAAGAGUGAUUGGUCUGAAACUCUCCAGAUUUGGUCUUUCUGGCUCGUUAAGUCCCAAUAUUGGCAAUCUCUCUUUUCUUCAGUCCCUGGAGCUUCAAAACAAUCAACUUACAGGAACAAUUCCUGAAGAAAUUUGUAGUCUUUCUGGCCUUAGAGUCUUAAACCUGAGUUCCAACAGCUUGCAGGGUUCUAUACCGUUGAAUGUAAGCAAGUUGACGGAGCUUAGAAUCCUCGACAUGUCAAUGAAUCAGAUUACAGGAAGAAUUCCAGUAGAGCUCACGUCGAUUACCACCAUGCAAGCUUUGAACUUGGGCCGAAAUCUUCUUUCGGGUACAAUUCCCCCAUCUAUUGGUAAUCUUUCUUCACUAGAGACUUUGAUCUUAGGAACUAAUUCUCUUAGUGGGAUGAUUCCUAGUGAUUUAAGCAAUCUUAGAAACUUGAAGGUUCUUGAUCUCACCAUAAACAAUCUCACUGGUACAGUUCCUUCAACCAUUUACAACAUGUCUUCUCUAGUUGAUUUAGCCUUAGCUUCCAACCAGCUGUGGGGUAAAAUUCCUAGUGAUAUUGGUGAGACACUUCCAAAUCUUUUGGUUUUCAAUUUGUGUUUCAAUAAGUUCACCGGAACAAUCCCUGGAUCUCUGCACAAUCUCACAAAUAUUAAAGUUAUUCGUAUAGCACACACUCUUUUAGAAGGAACAAUACCUCCAGGUUUAGGAAAUCUUCCAUUCCUGGAGAUGUACAACAUUGGUUUCAAUAGAAUUGCUAGCUCUGGAUAUAAUGGUCUUGGAUUCAUCACUUCCUUAACAAACAGCACCCGUCUUAGAUUCCUUGCCUUUGACGGUAACCUUUUGCAGGGUGUGAUUCCUGAAUCCAUUGGUAAUCUUUCUAGGGACCUCUUGAAAUUAUACAUGGGAGGCAAUCAUAUAUAUGGUAGUAUACCAGCAUCAAUUGGUAAUCUCAGUAGCUUGACCUUGUUAAAUUUGAGCUACAAUUCUAUCACCGGUGAAAUCCCAACUGAAAUUGGUCAAUUAGAGAACAUGCAAGAGUUAGUUCUUGCUGGAAAUCGGAUUGCUGGAAGGAUUCCAGAUUCCCUUGGUAAUCUCCAGAAGUUAAACCAAAUUGAUUUGUCAGGAAAUGAAUUGGUGGGAAGAAUACCUACUACUUUUGGAAAUUUCCAUAGUCUUCUUUCCAUGGAUUUAUCCAAAAACAAGCUCAAUGGAACCAUCCCUAAAGAAAUUCUCAGGCUUCAGAGCUUAAGUAUGAACUUGAACCUGUCUAACAACUUCCUGAGUGGGAAUUUGUCAGAGGGAAUUGAGCUUCUAGACAGUGUUGUUAUCAUUGACCUCUCCAGCAAUCUUUUGUCAGGUAAUAUUCCAGGAUCACUCAAAAACUGUAAGAGCUUGGAGGAAUUUUACAUCAACAGAAAUACAUUCUCAGGCCCUAUUCCAAGCUCUCUAGCAGAGAUGAAAGGCCUGGAAAUUCUUGACCUUUCUUAUAACAAUCUUUCUGGUUCUAUUCCUCUUGAUCUUGGAAAACUACAGGCCCUUCAAUCCUUGAAUCUUGCCUUUAAUGACCUGGAAGGAGUCGUUCCCUGUGAUGGGGUUUUUACAAAUCUCUCUAGAGUCCAAUUAGAAGGCAACCUGAAGCUCUCCAAGCAGACGCCAUGUCAUAAUUCUCAAGCUCGAGGAAGAAAACAAAUCAAAGUUUAUAUCAUCAUCUUGAUCGUGGUGACGCUAGCUUUGUGCUUUUCUGCUGGUUCAUUCUUCUAUAUAAGGAGAAACAAAGAAAAGAUUGCUCAAUCACCCAGCUCGAUAAAGGAGCAGCAUCAAUUGGUUUCAUACCAUGAGCUCCGCCAAGCAACUGGGAACUUCAACGACCAAAAUUUGAUUGGAAGUGGAAGCUUUGGUUCAGUCUACAAAGGGUGUCUUGGAGAUGGCUCUGAUGUAGCAAUCAAGGUACUCGACGUCAAGCAAGUUGGAUUCAAGAAGAGCUUCGUUGCAGAAUGUGAGGCUUUAAGAAAUGUCAGACAUCGAAAUCUUGUUAAGCUGAUCACAUCUUGCUCGGGCGUGGACUUUAAAAAUGAAGAAUUUCUGGCUCUGGUGUACGAGUUCCUUGGUAAUGGGAAUCUGGAAGACUGGAUUAAAGACAAGAGGAAGAAAGAAGAUGGCGAUGGACUAAAUCUCGUAGAGAGAUUAAACGUGGGUAUUGAUGUAGCCAGUGCAAUUGAUUACCUGCACCACGACUGUGAAGUUCCGGUGGUGCACUGUGAUCUGAAGCCUAGCAACAUUCUUUUAGAUGAAGACUUGACUGCAAAGGUAGGAGAUUUUGGCUUGGCGAGGUUGCUGAUGGAGGAAUUGGGUGAUCAAACUUCAAUUAGCUCCACUCAUGUCCUGAAAGGUUCCAUAGGCUACAUACCUCCAGAGUAUGGUCUGGGAGUGAAACCAUCAACGGCUGGAGAUGCAUACAGCUUUGGAGUGCUAUUGCUAGAGCUGUUUACAGGGAAGAGUCCUAUAGAUGAGAGUUUGAUGGGUGAACAAAAUCUAGUUGGGUGGGUGCAAUCAGCUUUUCCUGGCAGGAUUUUGCAAGUUCUGGAUCCUGAGUUGCUGCUGCUCAUGGAUAAUCUUUCCCAUGAUGGUCGCACGAUAAAUUCAGAAGUUCAACGAGAAUGUGCGAUCACAGUUCUUGGGAUUGGAUUAUCUUGCACUGCGAGCUCUCCUGACAGCCGAAUCAGCAUGAGAAAUGCUCUUCGCAAGCUCAAAGCUGCAAGAGACAAUCUUCUUAAUCAUGUUCCUAUGCUGAAAGGAUUCUAAUCAUGAAGAAAAAUAGGAUUCUAAGAAUGGGUAAUGGUAGUCCGAGCAAUAAACUCUCUUCCAUGAGCAGUUCUUCAUGUAUAUAAUGUGCAUGUUAGUAAUAAAUUUUAGUAGUUUAAAGAAAAA